AUGUCUUCAAUCAGGACACAGAUCAACCGAGAUCACUUCAGAUACAGCAUAAAAGAUAUACGGGCAGACAUCAAGAAAGACUUGACAGCUGCCGUUGGAGAGUUUCUUGGGACCCUCACUUUUUUACUUAUCGGUCUUGGUGGAAUUCAGGCUGCAGCCACGUCGAACGCCGCUUUUACAAAACGCACUUCUCAAAAUGUCAACGAAGCAGGGAGUUCGACCACCGCCGUACCAAGUAUCGAGCAAUUGAGUUACAUAUCGCUUUCGAUGGGAUUAAGCCUAGUAUUUUCGGCAUGGAUCUUCUAUCGAGCAACGGGUGCUGCCUUCAAUCCUAAUGUGUCAUUCGCCUUGCUAGUCAUAGGUGCGAUCAAACCUGUAAGAUUUGUUCUCUAUGUGAUCGCUCAAUUUGCAGGUGCCAUCGUGGCAAGUGGGUUGCUCAAGGCUUUAAUACCUGGACCACUGACCGUAACUCCCGCCCUAGGAGCCGGUGCGACCAAGGCUCAGGGUUCGACUUUUUUGGCACCCGUCGGAAUCGGCCUCACCUUGCUUGCUGGUCAUUUGUUUGCGGUGGUAUUUACUGGAGCAUCAAUGAACACAGCCAGAGCUUUUGGGCCGGCUGUGUUUACAGGAUUUGACAGUGAUCAUUGGGUUUAUUGGGUAGGGCCGACGAUUGGUUCACUGUUAGCAGUGAUAAUCUAUCUGAUGCUCAAAUGGCACAAAUAUUGGCUCCUGAACGAGGGCCAAGACACAGACGAAGCAUGCAAGUCACCAGCGUUGUUCUGUGAAGAAAAGACGCCCAACGGGCUUCCCAUCUCUCGCCAGAACCGAUGGCCCAGCUUCGGCCAGGCUAGCGAGCACCGUGUCGGAUUUGAAAGCCCUGGCGGCCGCACAAAGUUCUCUAGCUUCAGCUCCCAACGAUCUCCUCCCGUCCCAAGUCUUUAUGAAGGCACUCGUCCGGUGUAA